GCCAGGCCCAAAAAUCCACAGCUGGCCAGCGUGCAGGGCAUCGCGAGGCCUCAGCAAGUCACCGCACGAGUAGCACUCUCGCCGGCGGCAAGCGUACCUCGCUGCAUACAGCCUGCGAAUCCAUCGCAGCGACCACGCACCAGCGGAAUUCUCCGUCGCGGCCACCACGAUGCCUCGGCUGCUACUCCUGCUCGGCGCGACGGCACACGCCUUCGUUGCGCCGCGCACAAGGCUCCGGCCGCAAGCCACGCUCAAAGCCGACACUUCCGCCCGCGUCGUUGACGCCGUCGAGGAAUUAAAUGGAGUGGUCACGGCGGGCGACGUCGCGGCGCGCGGCGCGGCGCCGCUCGUCUCGGCCGAGCGCGAGCUGCUCGCCCUCGCCGCGCGGCUCGGCGAAGAGGCCACGUUGGACGUGAGGGAAGACGGCGCGCUCACGUUCAAAUUCCCCCCGAAGACGAAGCGCGCCCUGGCGGCCGUCGACGGGAAGGAGCGGUGGUUACAGAGGUGGGAGAGCACGAAGCCCACGCUCUAUACAUUGGGGAGGACGGCCUUUGGUUUGUCCCUCUUCGCGUCGCUGGCGGUGGGGGCCGCCCUCUUAGCGACGCUCUCGGCGGCGAACGAGGGCGAGCAGCGCCGCGAGAGACGGUCCAGCAACGUCUACUGGGGGCCGUCGAUCUGGGGCCCGUCGCCCUUUGAUGUGUUUUACUACCGAUCUUAUUACGACCGGCCGCGGUCGCAAGGGGAGAUGAACUUUCUGGAGGCGGUCUACUCCUACGUGUUCGGGGACGGCGACCCGAAUGCGGACGUCGACAAGAAGCAGAUCGCCGCGGCCGCGGACGCGAUCCGGAAGAGUGGCGGCGCGGUCGUCGCCGAGCAGUUGGCACCCUACUUAGCGUUACCUCCCUCAGAAAAUGCGGACGAUAUCAUAGAGGAGGGCUACGUGCUGCCCGUCGUGGCGGCGCUGGACGGCCGCGCGACCGUCGACGACGAGACUGGAAGUAUUGUGUACGUCUUCGACGAUCUGGUACGAGGCGCGACGGCUUCAUCAUCAAGUGAUGGAGGCGCCCUCGCCGAGAAGGAUAUACAGUUCUCGAACGCGUCCCAGGGCCAGCUCGCGGCGGCCGGUGUAUUAGGCGUGGCGAAUCUGGGCGUGGCAGCGGCGGCGGUCUUCUUUUCGACGGUCGGCGUGACCCCUGCCGUCGUGGCGUCGCUGGGUCCGGGUGGACUUGCUGCCUUGCGGGCCGUCGCCGGGCCCCUAUUCGCCUAUGCCGUCGCGUUCAACGCUUUACCAGCGGCGCGCGCGGGCCGCGCCGAGCGCGCGGCCAAGGCCGUCGAGGAGCGGAAUUUGAGACGCCAGACGCUGCGCGCGAGGUUGGAAAGGCCCUCUCGUCGUUUACGCGAGAAGCUCGCGGCCGCGCGGCGGCUCGCGCCGAGGAUCUUGGGAGGUGGUGGCGGCGCCUCGGUCUACUCCACCGCCGACGACGUGAAAAAAUUAGAGCGGGCGCGGGUCGCGGACGACCUCGCGGCCUUCGACGACGCGCUCCGGGCGCGGGACGACGAUGCGGAGUAAGUAUAUAGGUAGUCA